UGCAAAACGUCUGGUUAAGGCUGAUUUGGAUCACCUGGCUAUUCUAUGUUAAAUAAAAAUGGUCGUUAGUAAAACCUGAUGGGAUAUAUUACAAACGGAUCCUGAUAUAUCAUCACUUUUCAAUCAUCAUUGUAUUGUAUUGUACUGAUAUAUCGUCACGUUGGAGAACUAAAGUACACAACAAUGGAGUUGACCGAUAUAACAAAGAUUGAUCCUGAAGUCCCUAAGCAAUGUUACUUUGAACAUGGUAUGAAAGCUUUGGCUUACAAAAAACAUUUUUGGUUGAACGUGUGGCCAAAGAAAUGGUCAGCUGAAUUUGGCAAACGUCCUGAUUGGUACGGAAAUGAUAAUGAUAUUGAUAUCGCAGGUUGGUAUAAAUCCUGGCGUGAGGAGUUCACAGCAAGGAGUGAUGAUGUCAUUGUAGCAGCGUAUCCUAAAGCAGGUCACACUUGGCUGAACGAAGUUGUCCCUAUGAUCCUAAAUAAUACCACAACCAGCAGAAAUAUGUCUAAGAUGUUCAGAUUUAUUGAACAGAAAUCAAUGGAAGAACUUGAAGCGAUGCCUUCCCAAAGAUUCCUAUUGACUCAUUUUCCGUACCAUCACAUGUCUCAGGAUGUUUUCGACAAAGGGUCCAAGAUUGUGUAUCUGUACCGCAAUCCCAAGGACACAGCUGUAUCCCUUUAUCAUCACAUGAAAGAUAUGAAAGCGUAUUAUGGAUUCGAAGGCGAUUGGAACGAUUUCUUUCCCUUUGUACUUUCUGGACUCCACCAAGAAGGAAAGUGGAUAGAAAAUGUAAUAAGUUGGUGGAAGAACGGAAAGAAUAAUCCAAACAUUUUAUUCAUCAGCUACGAGCAAAUGAAAAAGGAUUUUGUGGGUAAUGCAAAACGACUAGCUGCAUUCUUAGGAAAGUCGUAUGAUGAUGAAUUCUACAAUCGACUCCAACAAUCCUGCUCUGUGAAAUCAAUGAAGAAACUUACUGCAUUAGAUAUCGCCGGAUUGAACCCUGUGAGAAAAGGUGAAAUUGGUGACUGGAAGAACUACUUUACAUUGGCACAGAGUCAACAAUACGAGGCACUCUACCAACCUGUUCUAGACCAGCAUAAGGACUUAAUUAUAGAAUAUGAAUAG